AUGGCAAUAUCGCGUUUGACUCCAGUCAAGGAUUCCGUGUCCGUGUCCCUUGAGCUUGGAGACAUCAUCAAACGGAUACACGUGGCAGAGCCCUUCUUCGAAGACUCUGUUGCAUCCAUGUCGGACCUUCUGAUACUGAGAGCCGAGACGGUGGUGAAUCGUGGGAGUAAUGGCGAUGCUGCGGACUUUCGAUGGGUGCUGUCGGAGGUGGCAAGGGCUGGUCAAAUUCUCAAGAGGUUGAGCUCAGAUGAAUUAGAGUAUAUCCGCAAUGCUAAGAAGUCUUUCCUCGGUAGACUGGAUUGUUUGGUUUUGUAUUCGGUCUUGGAUGACCAGGAUGGGAGGACCCUGUAA